AUGGCAGAGCAUGUUGUGGACGGUGAUGUGCAGCCUGUGGGAAUGGCGCAGCCGUUGGUACGACAAGGAAGCCACGGCCGGAGCAGGGUCUUUCUGGAUGCGGAGGAGAUGAAGCAGAAAGUCAAGGAGGCGUUGGCAAAGCCCAGCUACAAUGUCUUCGACUUUUAUCACAGGACCGGAUUCUUCCAGUGGUUAGCCAAGUCCUCCAUCUUUGAGUCGCUUACCCUCGGCGUGAUAGGUCUGAAUGCGCUGUGGCUGGCGUAUGACACCAACAGCAACAACGCAGACUCACUGCUCACUGCCCGCCUGGAGUUCCAGAUAGCAGAGAUUUUCUUUUGCACCUACUACACCAUGGAGUGGUACAUCCGCUUUAUGGCAUUCGAGCGGAAGUGCAACACGAUGAGAGAUGGCUGGUUUGUGUUUGACAGCAUUUUGGUCUUCUUGAUGGUUGGGGAAACUGUUGUCAUGACGUUGCUGAUGCUCAUCAUGGGCCCUGGCGGUCCCAUCUCCAUGGACCUGGGGAACGCGUCGAUUCUGCGGCUCUUCCGCCUGCUGCGCCUGUCGCGCAUGGCGCGGAUGCUGCGGUCCAUGCCAGAGUUGAUGAUCCUAAUCAAGGGUAUGGCUGCUGCGACCACUUCUGUCUUCUUCAUCAUGUGCCUGCAGUUGAUCCUGCUCUACGUUUUUGCCAUUGCCUUCACGCAACUGGCGGCUGGCACGCAGAUGGGUGCAUACUACUUUCCCAACGUAUUGCAUUCUAUGUACACACUGCUGCUUUAUGGCACCUUCCUAGACAAUCUCGCGGACUUCUGCGAUGGGGUUGCGGCAGAGAGUUCCCUCUGCCUGGCUCUGGUCUUUGUCUUCGUUCUCCUCUCUGCCUGCACUGUCCUCAACAUGCUGAUCGGUAUCCUUUGCGAGGUUGUCAGUGCAGUCACUGCUGUUGAGAAGGAAGAGAUGACGGUGCUGUUUGUGACCAACAAGCUCCAGCGGGUGCUCAAGAAGCUGGACAAAAACAACGACGGGCACCUGUGCAAGGAUGAGUUCAUGAAGAUCCUUGAAGAGCCAGAGGCGGCACGAGCACUUGAGGAGGUUGGCGUGGAUCCUGUGAGUGUGGUCGACUUCGCUGACUUCAUCUUCGGACAAGACGACGAAGAAGGCAGCGAGAACUUGUCCUUCAGCAAGUUCAUGGAGAUUCUCCUGACUCUGCGACAGGACAACAAAGCCACCAUCAGAGACAUGAUCAGCCUGCGCAGCCACGUGAAGGGCCAGCUGGACAAGCUCGUGAACCAGCUCUGCCGCGAAGUGCCUCAGAUGAGCCCCAGGAGCCUCAAGGCGCACCACACGGGAGGGGAGGGCAGCCUUCUGCUCCGAGACGAUGCCCAGUUUGUCUUUGGUGGCGAUGCUGUGGAUCAUUACUCAGGUGACUUGCGUAUCCUUGAGGACUUGCUCACCUUAAAAAAACAGUACUCUGACCGAGUUCACUUCGUGAUCGGCAAUCGCGAUGUCAACAAGCUGCGACUGCCUUUCGAGCUCUCUGAACGCUUCAUCAGCACUUGGCCACUUCAAGAACAUCCAGGAGUGUACUGGCUGGAAGAGGAAGAUCGGCCCAAGAACUGCAUCCCAGAGGCGGGGAACCAUGCAGCGGAGCAUUUGAAAUGGAUCCUUGCACGGACCAUGGGUGCGCCCCGGGCCUUCGAACGUCGCCGAGAGGAGCUACAGCGCGGGGGUGCAGAGGUGGAUGACGCCGCAGUGGUGCAAAGCUUCGUGCAGGAAGCACGCCCCGGCGGACUGUUGUUCGAAUACUUGACACUGGCAGAGUUGGCUGUGAAGGUUGGGGAUUCGCUCUUCGUGCAUGGCGGCCUGCCUCGUUCGGGCCUGGAGUGGCGGCCUGGGUGGCUGCCGCCCUCGGGAGAGAGCUUGCCGCUGGAUGCGUGGCUGCAAGGCCUGGCGGACUUCAAGUCGCGGCAGCUGGCGCAGAUCCUGGAGCCUGGGCCUGGGCCGCUCCCCGAGGAUUCUUGGUCCAUGCGGGGUGGCUACGAUCAUCCUCAGCCCGGCGCCGCGCUGAUGCAGUAUAUGAUGCGGGAUCUGCCGGAUGGCUCGCGCCAACCUAGCAUCAUCUACAACGGCUUCUUGGGGGACGACUACCAGCCACUGGAGCUGGAUGCGUCGUCGCGGCAGUGGCUGCGGGAAGGCGGAGUGCGCCGAGUCGUGGCCGGCCACCUGCCUCAUGGAGACUCUCCGUUGAUCCUGGUCUACGAGGACAUCACGGUCAUCACGGCGGACAUCUCCUAUGCGAGCGAAGUCGUUUGGGAGGCUGAAGACGAGACAUCUCGAGACCAAGCGGUGUGUGAAGUGCUGCUGGGUGAGGAGGGCCGAGUUCACGGUGCCCUGGCCACAGGUUGCCCCUUCGAGGCUCGACUGGACGAUCCGCUACUGGGCACCCUUCGUGGCGAGCAUGCCGAGUGGCGCGUUAAGGGCCGUGCCGAUGGCCGCCUGAUCCUCAGCAAGAAUGACAAGUGGGACUUCACCUGUCGCCUCGAGUAA